CCAAAUGACAAGGCAUUGUCAAGUCCCCAUUCCAUAACAUCGACAUUUCAACUUAUGGUUAAAGAUGAGGGACGAAUCCAGGAACAUUUCCUACUUUACCUGCAAUACGCAAAUACCUUUACCCAUCCCCGGUUAGCCUUAUUACACAGGCGCUGCGAAAUCAGUCCUCCGAUUGCCCUCCUACACCGCUAUGUGGCCCUUAUGGGUUCAUAGCACUGUUAUGCGUCACUACGUAACCUACGCCAUAUAUUCCCAUCGUCACGAGGUCGACUUUUGUCACUGUGGGCCCCUUUAUGGCUAUGCUACGGGCACUCUUUGACCCAUCGCCGCGCUCUACAAUGAGGCAUCAUUUCUCAUUCAAGGUUUUUUGGAGGAGUUUCAGCUUGCCCGGGUUCGAAUUCCUGAACAAUGGAGCAAAAGGGCUGGUACGGAGACCUCUGAUAGGUCGUCAGAGUUUCACGAUGAUCGCCCCUCCUCCGACCAGCUUCAACACACGGACAAGGGCGCUGUAUAGGGCAUUUUCCUAUCUUUAUUCGUCCUUCAGUUACUUCUUCUUCCAUUGUGCUCAUGCUCAAUCUGAAGACUAUAUAUCCCUUCAUCUUCCUACCGUUUUGAUCUCAUUCGCAACACUGCAAUCCAUUCCAUACUAUCUUAUCCAAUAUCAAUCGCACAAAUACCAUCAAUCUGUCUGCAACAAUACCUUACAAGCUUCGUUCCCCUUUCUCUGCACUCUUCCACUUUGUUACAAGAUCUCUAGCAGAGUGCAAGCAAAGAGGAACCGCAUCUCGACACUAUUUCUCGCACUCAAACAGCGAGACUGAUCCUUAUCGAGACACAUAUUCCGUGGUCUAUAGCUUGAAAGGAGCCCUCACCCUUCCUCACUCGGGACCCUGUUUCGUUGGCCCUGAAUAUCAUCAGCCAUCUCUGGAUAGCUCAAUCAAGACUCGUCCACGAUC